ACUCCGAGUGAAUUAGGAAGCCAGCCUCUUUCUUUUGCUUGAUCUAAUUUGCUUAGCGUAGGUUUCUUUUCCUCCCAAGUAUUGCUCAUGGCAACCCCAUGGGAUCAAGCCUACAAGCACAUCAUCCCCCUUGAUUUUAACUCAGUAAAUUCGGUGCCUGACUCAUUUGUAUGGUCUCAAUCCGAUGUCAUUCAACCAGAUAACGGGUUAUUUAUACCCAUUAUCGACCUCAUGGAUUCAAAUGCCCCGAAGCUCAUAGUCGAGGCAUGUGAGACAUGGGGUGUUUUCCAAUUGAAAAACCAUGGUGUUCGUACAAAGAUUAUGGAGGACAUCGAGUCUGAGGCUCGAAAGUUGUUUGAUCUCCCCAUCGACCAAAAAUUGAAGGCUGUACGAUCUCCUGAUGGGUUGAGCGGAUACGGAAUCGUCCCAAUUCAGUCCUUGUUUUCCACCUUUAUGUGGCAUGAAGGGCUUACCCUCUUUGGCUCUGCAAUUGAUCAUGCUAAGGCGCUGUGGCCUCAUGACUAUCAACAAUUUAGUGAUACAAUAGAUGAAUAUCAGAGUCAAAUGAAGGCAUUAGCCGAGAAAGUAACGGGCAUCCUCUUCAGAGCCUUGAGCAUUCCUGUGGAAGAUUUGAAUUGGUUUGAUGAUCCAACGAACAGAAGUGGGUGCAACUUGGCUUUACAGUUGAACUCUUACCCUCCAUGCCCCGAACCGACCCGAACCUUGGGUCUAGCCCCGCACACUGACACCUCCAUUGUGACCAUACUUCAAGCUAAAACCAGCGGUCUCCAAGUCUUCAAAGACGGAGUUGGGUGGAUUCCGGUGGAACCAGAACCUGAAGCAAUCAUCGUGAACCUUGGUGAUUUCACUCAUCUUCUAUCCAAUGGUCGAUUCAUCAGUGUUCUUCAUCGUGUGGUGGUGAAACCGAUCCAACGCUACUCAAUGGGAUACUUCUAUCGGCCUCCGAAGGAUUUUGUUGUGUCACCACUUUUGUCGAAGGAUCUGGGUCCGGGAGAAGUUCCUCGGUAUCGUUCAAUCAUAGCAAAGGAGUAUCAUGAACUGAAGGCCAAUUGCAAGCAUUAUGAGAAAGCAUUUUCUCUCAUCGAAAAUUAGAUGCCCCGACUUAUAUAUAGUAUAUUCUAUAUAAAUGCAAUAAGCAUAUUGCAUGCAUGAACUUAUGAAUAAAUCUUUACAUUUGAUGUACGCAGUGUUGUAUUUCUCUCUCUCUAUAUGACUUAUGGAAAGGGUUUUUGAUUUAUAAUUUCCGAAACCUACAAAAUAUUUAGUGA